AUCUCGUGCUCUCGAUAUUUACUGCUUAUUCAUUUAUUAUUAUUAUUAUUAUUUCUUCCUUUUCGUAUCCGCACAGCUUGUGGUCUUUAGCACGCCGGUUGAACGCCCCAUUUGGCACAGUCUUUCAUUGAUUCCAUUAUGGUUAUCGUGGACUCAUUGAACAGGCCCGCAAGAGAAUGGCCCUCAGGGUGACAUAUAAAGUCAAAGCAAAUUUAUCAUGAAAGUACAUAUGUCACCAUACGCAACCCUGAGAUUCAUUUUGAUUAAAAAAUUACUUGGAGCUAUAUUUUAUAUGUAUCUAUCUUUUAAUGCCUGUCCCCUAAAACCCCCACUAAUUUUUAUAGAUGCACCAUAGAAAGCAUUCUUCGAGGGUGCAUCACAACCUGGUAUGGAAGUUGUCCUGUCCAAGACCGGAAGAAGCUGCAAAAGAUCGUGAACACAGUGCAGCACAUCACACAAACCAAUCUCCCGUCCGUGGACUCACUUUACACCGCACGCUGUUGGAGCAGUGCUGCCAGGAUAUUCAAGGACACAACCCACCCAGCCAACACGCUUUUCGUCCCUCUUCCUUCCAGGAGAAGGCUCAGGAGCUUGAAGACUCAUACGGUUAAAUUUGGGAACAGCUUCUUUCCAACUGUGAUAAGACUGACCCGGAUCCGGGCCGUACCCUCCGAAUAUCCGGAUCUGCCUCUCGGUUUUUUUGCACUACCUUACUUUCCAUUUUUCUAUUUUCUAUUUAUGAUUUAUAAUUUAAAUUUUUAAUAUUUACUAAUUUUUACUAUUUUUAAUAUUUAAUAUUUGUAAUCCAGGGAGCGGGAAGCGCAGAAUCAAAUAUCGCUGUGAUGAUUGUACGUUCUAGUAUCAAUUGUUUGGCGACAAUGAAGUAUAAAGUAUAAUGUUCAGUUCUGCCAGCGAAACACACGUGCCUUUAAUUUUUCCCUUUUCUCUGUUUUUAAUCCUUUUUUUCAAUACUGUGCAUCGCUCAGUAGUGAGACGGUUAAGGCCUAUUUAAAAUUCUCCUUCUGCCUCCUGACUGCUAAUUCACCGGGAGCCUGUUUGAGAUGAGGCUGUGGUGUUUUCUUCUCCCCCCCGCCCCCCCGGGAUCUCGUCUACAAUUAUCCCACAGGGAGCGACCACAGCCUGCUUCCCUUGUGGACAAUGGCGGCAGAUAAGUUCACCGUCUCCACAGCACAUCCUCACGAGUGGGUCGGGUGGGAGGGGGGGGGAGUGAUAUUAUCAGGGCUGAUGCGUGGUAUCAAAUUUCAGAUGAGAUCACACAAAGCACAUCGCUGUUCAGCAUCAGUCUCACGUCUCACAGACCUCUUUGUUCCCGAGCUGAGCACGGCGAGCCGAAGAGCACUCUCUGCCUCUGCCCACGCUCCCGCCAUCAGCCGCGCUUGGAGCCUGCAACGCCCUUGCCAUGACGCCUGAAUCGUAACUGCUGCGUGCACACACACGCACAAAAAAAACACCCAUUACACAACCGCGAUCGGUUGCCAGGCGGUUUGAAAGAAAGUGGAUUAUGGCUAGGAGUUGAGGAGCUGGCUUUGUAUAAACGUUCUUCUGUGCUGUCCCAGUGUGGGCAUGGAAGCGCCAGUCAAGAUCAAGCGGACGGCCAUAACCCUGGCCCAGAAGGUCCAGAUCAUCCUCAAGUUGAACAACCCCUCCUUCAAGCAGAAGGAGGUCGCCCAGGAGUACGGGCUGACCGCCUCGGCCAUCUCCAAGAUCGCCAAGAAGAAGGAGGGGAUCCUGGAGGAGUGGCUGCGCGGCGGGAACCUGGAGCGCAAGCGGAAGCGCGAGGGCAAGAACCAGACCGUCGACGACGCCCUGCUCAGCUGGUUCUGGCUGGCCAGCAAGGAGGGGCCCAUCUCGGGGCCGGUGCUGAUGGCCAAGGCCAAGGCGCUGGCCGACGAGAUGGGGGUCGAGUUCAAGCCCACCAACGGGUGGCUGUGCCGCUGGAAGAACCGCAACAACCUGGCCUACCGGCGGGCGCCGAGGGAGAGGGGCGAGGGCCGGACCGCCGGCCACCACAGGACCGGUGGCGCCCAGUUCCCUUCGACGCCCGGCCUCCCACGGGGCCAGUGGCGAGCAGCAGGGGCCGGGUCGUCCAACAGCUCCUCUGACGAGACUCCAGCCGGACAGCCGGCCGCAGACACACAGUGCAGGCCAAAGCGGGUUAAGAAGGAGGGGUUGCCCCCGCAGUCAGGCCCCGGCUGUCCGUCUUACACAGCACCGCUGGAUCUCAGAAGUCAGCAGGAGGCGCCUGGAACGUCGCACGGAAACGCCGCGGCAGGCGGCCGGAACAGGGCGGAAAGAGUCAAAGCAGAGAGGGACUACGCCUAUCAGCCUUACAAAGGUACGACUUCCCGCUCAGUGAAAUGUAUGGCAAAAUCGGGCUGUAUCUCGUCAGGGACUCAGCCGCGAUGGGUGGGAAUAAACAGUCCAUGUCUCCGGCUGAAACAGCGACUGGUAAUUCAAUUCCCAUGGAAGCUGCCUGACCUGCUGACUUCCUCGGGCAUUUUGGGAAUAAGUAGAAAUAUCAUAAUCGCAGGAGAUUCUGGAGGUGAGAUGCACCUCGAACGAGCCACACAAAACGGUGGAGGAACUCGGCAGGUCAGGCAGCAUCUAUGGAGGGGGUGAACAGGCGACGUCCUGAUGAAGGGUCUCAGCCGAGGAGACGGAUGUUGUGUGUUUUCCAGUAAACAUUAACCUCGGGCUUGAUGCUAGUUCUGAAGUUAGGAUGUAAAGUCCUACAAAAUGUAGUGGAUCCGACCCGGUCCAUCACCAGGGUAAAGCCACCCACCCCCCCCCACCAACCAUUUGAGCACAUGACAUGAAACACUGUCACAGGAGAGCAGCCUCCAUCAUCGGGGACCCCCACCACCCAGGAGCUUCAGGUCCCACACCACCAGGUUCAGGAACAGUUAUUACCCCUCAACCAUCAGGAAGGAGGUACAGGAGCUUCAGGUCCCACACCGCCAGAUUCAGGAACAGUCAUUACCCUUCAACCAACAGGAAGGAGGUACAGGGCCCUCAGGACCACACCACCAGGUUCAGGAACAGUUAUUACCCCCUCAACCAUCAGGAAGAAGGUACAAGAGCCUCAGGACCGACACCACCAGGUUCAGGAA